UUUCAAUACAUCUUUCACAUUAAAACAAUUUUUCCACAAAAUCAUAACAUAAAGAAAUGACAGACAAAAAUGUUUUGGCUCUCCUCCUUUUUGUCAUGCUCUUGUUGAUAAAUGGACAAGGAAGCUUUGCCCGAUAUAUGAUACAAGAGAAUGUAGAAGAAAUACAAGUUGAUCAACCUUACCUUGAUGGUUGGCUCAAAAAUCCAUUGAAGAAUAAAAAACACAUUGCUAACUCUAACCAAGUUUACCUUGAUGGAUGGUUGAAAGAUACUCGGGCAGAGAAAACCAAAUCCUCCCAGGAUUCCGAUCAAGUCUAUCUUGAUGGAUGGUUGAAAGAUAUCAGAGCAGAGAAAGCAAAAUCCAUCUCUAAAUCCAACCAGGUUUACCUUGAUGGAUGGUUGAAAGAUACUCGAGUUGAGAAACCAAAAUCUACUGGUGACUCCAAUCAAGUUUAUCUUGAUGGAUGGUUGAAAGAUAUCAGAGCCAAGAAAGAAAAGUCCACACCUAACUCCAACCAAGUUUACCUUGAUGGAUGGUUGAAAGAUACAAGAGCAGAGAAACCAAAAUCGACCUCUGAAUCCAACCAAGUUUACCUUGAUGGAUGGUUGAAAGAUACUAGAGCAGAGAAAGCAAAAUCCACCUCUGAAUCCAACCAAGUUUACCUUGAUGGGUGGUUGAAAGAUACCCGAGCUGAGAAAGCAAAAUCUACAGGUGACACCAACCAAGUUUAUCUUGAUGGAUGGUUGAAAGAUAUCCGAGCUGAGAAAAAAAAAUCCACCCCUGACUCCAAACAAGUUUAUCUUGAUGGAUGGUUGAAAAAUACUCGAAACUAGUUCAUGUCUUUGUUAAUCAAUAUCUAUGUCAUUUUGAAAACUUUUCAUGUUGCUCAUAUGUUUUUAAUUUUUGUGCUACGUAAAACCUUAUUUCUAUGUAUUAAGUAAGA